AUGAAAUUGGAAAGAAUUGAAAAUCCAAACAGAGAGUUAUUCGAACAAUUUGUUUUGAAUAAUAAACCAUUUAUCAUAACCAAUAGUGUAUCAAAUUGGGAAUGCUUUAAAAAAUGGUUACCUACAAAUAACAAUAAAAUAAAUGAAGAUUAUUUGAGCACAAUGAUAAAAAAUAAACAAAUACCAGUCAGAGAGAAUGUAGAUUACAGUUCAGGUGAAUGGUUAGGAAAAACAACAGAGAUCGAUUUUCAAAUAUUUUAUAGUUUAUGGAAAGAACAUUACAUACAGUUUAAACAACAAUCGAAUAAUAGUAAUAGUAAUAGUAGUAAUAAUGGUAUUAAUGAUGAUAAUAAUAAUAAUAAUAAAAAGCCCAAAUAUUACUUAGCAAGUUUACCAGUUAAAACAUAUUUUAAAGAGCUUGAAAAUGAUUAUAUUACACCAGAAAUUCCACUAGAGCAGAAUAAAUCAGCAAAUUUAUGGAUUGGUUUUAAAGAUCAAGUCACACCGUUACAUCAUGAUUUCUCUUCGGGUGACCCUGGCAUGGAUGGUUUGCAUGCAGUUAUUAUUGGAAAGAAAUUAUUUAAAUUAUUUGACCCAGAAUUAAAUGUUGGAUGUUUUAAAAGAAAAAGAGAAUGGGGACAAUUUCACCAUGCAGAGUUUGAUAUAGAUAAGCCAGAUUAUAAUUUGUACCCAGAAGCAAGAAGUGCAAUUUGUAUCAAUGUCGAAUUAAAUCAAGGCGAAAUUUUAUAUAUACCUAAAUUGUGGUGGCACUAUGUAAAAACAUUAGAACCAUCGAUAAGUUUAAAUUUUUGGUUUCAACAUAUGGGCUCAGAAAUGUUAAAGCUAACUAAACUUUGGGGACAUAUGGAGGAUUAUUUAGAUGCAGUUUACAACAUGUCUACAAACCAAGUUUCAAACGAUAAAAUGAAAUCAAUUUUAAAUUACCUAGGUGAUGGCAAACAAAGUUAUGAUGACCAUCAAAUACAACAGUAUAAAGAUGAUCCAUUCAGGUUUAUGAAGUUUCCAAAAUUUAUAAACUCAUUUUCCAAUGCAGUAAACAAUCCACUAUUCAGGAACCACCCUUCAAAAGAGCAGUUUAAAAUUCAAAUGACACAGUUGGUAAAUAAUUGGAUAGAUAGAAAAGAGUUGGAAAGAAAACAACAAGAAAAUAAAUAA